AUGUCAAAGAUAAUUCAAGAAUUUCUUACCAACUUUCACCAAAAAUAUGGAAGUUUUAUUCCUCUGAGAACAAGUGAUUUAUUAAAACAUAUAAAAGAGAAAUUCCAUGAAGACAUCAAGGACUAUAAAGUAUGGAUUUUGGAGACGACAGUAGAAGAGAUGGCAAAAAUUAAAUCUAACCCAACUUUCAAAGUGAAGUACAAGAAGCACACACUGACACUGGAUGACUUGUCAACACUGGCCAGUGAGAGUUGGAUAAAUGACCAGGUCAUUAACAUGUAUGGAGACCUGAUUAUGGACUGUGGGAACUCUAAGGUUCACUUUCUUAACAGCUUUUUCCACAAAAAACUCCUGUCCAGGGGUUAUGAAGGAGUCAAGAGAUGGACAAAGCAGGUGGAUCUAUUCUCCCAACAUUUGAUUCUUGUGCCUGUCCAUAUCGAGGUACAUUGGUGUUUGGUGGCUGCCGAUAUUAUUAGGAAGAAAGUGUGUCUGUAUGAUUCCCAAAGAAUUGGUCUCCAGAAAGUAGCAUGGAACAUCCUGAAAUAUUUGAUGAAAGAAGCAAAAGAGAAGAAACAAACCGCUUUUGAAGACGGCUGGACAGUGUCCAUGAUGGAGAAAAUCCCACAACAAACCAAUGAGAAUGACUGUGGUGUAUUUAUUUUGGAGUAUUCCAGAUGUCUUGCACUUUCGGAGGCUCUGCAGUUUUCUCAAAGAGACAUUCCAUUCAUUCGAAAAAGAAUAUACAAAGAGCUCUGUGAGUGUAAGCUGCAUGACAAACAGCAGAAUAACCUCUAA